AUGUUUAAUGGUUGCUUUAGUGUGAACUCCCCUGGCAACCCCCAGCAGGGGGACUUGAUUGAAGUGUUUUGUCCUGGCUAUCAACAUUGGGCACUUAGAGGUGAUGGUUAUGUGAUCAACAUAACAUCUCUAGGUGGCAUGCCUGUGCCAUUUAUAAGUGCCAAGUCUGUCUUCAGCCCAAAGGCCCUGGUGAAGAUGCAACCCUUGAAGGAUGUCUUGGGAAAUGACACAUACAGAAUACACAAUAAAUAUGAUGAAACAUACCCCCCUCUUCCUGUGGAAGAAAUCAUGCAACAAUCAGAGUUUGUUCUUGGACAUGAGGUGGCAUACAACGUAUUUGACAACAACUGUGAACAUUUUGUGACGCUUCGCUAUGGAGAAGGACUUUCAGAGCAGGCCAGCCGAGCAAUAAGUGCCAUUGGGUUUGUGACAGCUACUGUUGGUGCCUUCUCAUUCCUGGGCUUGCUUCCAAAGAGAUAAAGGGCAAAAUACUUUUAA